AAGGGCAAGUGGUGGUAGUCGCUUAUAUAACGCAUUCUUCAAUUCGAACUUUAUUCCAGUAGUGACAAUAAUUGUUCUAAUCAUGUUGUUUAAAAAACUACCCAUUUUUGUUAUCUUAUUGUUCGCCAAUAUUUGUGUAAUCCUCGGCGAGCGAGAUCUCCCGGCGUACUACCCGAGAUGCUACAGAGACGACCCGGAUCUCAACCAAUGUCUUCUGAACGCAACUGAACAAGUGCGACCGUUCCUACAAAAAGGUGUUCCUGAAUUAAAUGUUCCUCCAAUUUCCCCGUUCUAUGUUCCUGAAGUGAAUCUCCAACUCGGGACGGACUCUAUUAGUUACAAAUCGUCCCUUACCAAUGUUACAGUAACAGGAUUGGACACUUAUAAGUUUACAAAGUUUGAUUUCGAUGUUAAGAAGCUACUCUUCACUGGGGCCGUUACUAUGGGCAAGAUUAAUAUUAAAGGAAACUAUUCUAUCAAAGGGAAAAUUUUAACAGUGCCCAUUGAAGGUAAAGGACAAUUGGACACAACUGUAGUUAGUUCGAAUGGAAGUCUUGUACAACAAGCAAAAUUGGUAACCAGAAGAGGCAAGACUUAUCUAGAAUCGGAGAAAACCAAAAUACAUAUUGACGUUGGCGAAGUUCAGUCGAAAAUGGAUGGUUUGUUUGAUGGAAACGAGGUUUUAGCCAAAGCUGCCGACAAUGUAAUUAAAGAGAAUUUGCAAGAAAUUGUUGAGGAAGUUAAACCUGCAGUUGAGGAGGUCUUUACGCAAAUUAUGGAAGGGAUUUUGUUUAAAAGUGUCUAUAGGAUACCUUACGAGAAGUUGUAUCCCCUUCAUAAUCAGAAAUCGUGAUCUGACUCUUUAAAUAAUAACUUAUUGGCUGUGCCAAAAAAAGAACAUUUGUUUUUAUUUAUUGAUUCACAGUUAAAUUUAAUAUUUAUUUGUUAUUUUAUAAAUAAAAAAUACAAUCGA